AUGGAGAUGGAGGUAGGGAGAGUGCAAACCUUGGUAUCUGGUGGAGGUCUCAGGGAGCUGCUGGCGAGGUUCAUCCGUCCGGCGAAUGAGAGACCGGAAAACAGCAAAGCCAUUGAAGGUAUAUCAGUACCAAUAGUCUCUCUCUUGCAACCAGCCGAAGUCUUAAUGAAUGAGAUCUCAAGGGUAUGUAGAGAGUGGGGAUUCUUUCUUCUCACUGACCAUGGCAUCUCUCCUUCACUGAUUCAUCAUCUCCAAGAUGUUGGUAAGGAGUUUUUUGAGCUCCCACAAGAAGAGAAAGAGGGAUAUGCAAAUAAUCCUUCUUCAGGUAAGGUUGAAGGUUAUGGAUCGCAGAUAAUUGGGGGUAAAAGUGAUCGGAGUUCUGACUGGAUAGACUACUUUUUCCAUCUCAUAUGGCCUCCUUCUAAGCUCAACUUUGCAACAUGGCCUUCAAAGCCUCCUUCUGACAGGUCAGUACAUUCAUUAAAUGACAUCAAAAGCAUGUAUUUGUCCAUCUUUCUCAGCUGGAAUAUCAAUGACCAGGCCUUCUUAAAGAGAAGAGAGGUGACUGAAGAAUACACAAAAGAAGUUUUGAAACUAACUGAUAAGCUUCUAGAGUUGCUUUCCCAAGGGCUAGGUUUGAAAAGGGAGACACUGAAGUCUAUGUUGGGUGGUGAAGACAUAGAGUUUCGAAUUAAGAUAAAUUUGUACCCACCGUGCCCACAGCCUGAACUGACCUUAGGACUGGAACCCCGUACAGAUGUGGGUGCUCUCACCAUUCUUGUCUCUAACGAGGUUCCAGGUCUUCAAGUGUGGAAAGAUGGUCACUGGGUCGCAAUCGAGUAUAUACCCGAUGCUCUUAUCGUCAAUGUAGGCGAUCAGAUCGAGAUACUGAGCAAUGGAGAAUAUAAAAGCAUUCUGCAUAGGAGUGUGGUGAACAAAGAAAGGACACGCAUGUCAUGGAGCGUUUUUUCAGCACCACCACUGGAUGCCACAAUUGGGCCCCUUUCAUCACUUAUGAAGGAUGAUAAUCCACCCAAAUGCGCCACCAAAACAUACAAGGAAUACCGACAUUACAAGUUUAACAAGUGAUGACUGAUGACCACAACAAAUAAAGAGUAUUUCACUUCGACAAUUAGUUUGCCACAGUUCAUUUAGGUUUUUUUUGAUGGUUGACAUGUUCUAUGAGUAAUCUCUCUUUCCAAGGAAUGUAA